GAUUGGUUGGCGCUGGGGCGGCGGGCAGUGGAGGGGCCUGGCGAGUCUGGGUUUCAAGCCUGUGCUGGACUUUCUCCUUCCAUGUUUCCAGGCUGUAGGGGGCUACAGAGGGCGGGGAGUCGGUUCAGCAAAAUCCUGGCUUUGAUUCUAGGAGCCGUGGGGUUGAGAAAGGGUGACCGGAAGUGAUCUUGGGACUGACCGGAAGUGAGGCCUGGAGGGGAAAGAGAGCGGGUCCCCGGAGGGAGGGAGGGGGCUUCCAGCAGAAGGGGGCGGGGGGAAAGGUGCAAAAGCGGCGUGGGAGCGUGGUGCGGGUUGCCGGGCGCUGCUGCUGGUCUGUGUGAAAGGUAGUGAGCGACCGCCAGCGAGCUCCAGAGGCUAGCUAGCCCAGGGAGCGGGAGUGCGGGAGUCCAGGGCUGUCUGUGGGAAGUCUGGAGUAGUUGAGCAAAGGGGGCCCUACGCUCCUGAGAACUGGGCGGGAGGGGUUUUGGAAGCCAGGGCGGCCGAGAGCGAGUAGCCAAGGGUACGGGAGAUUAGUUGUGCAGCCAGUGCUGAUCAGGCUUGGGGGUGGCUAGUGGACACUGCGUGUGUGAUCUUGGUUUGGAGUUUUCUACUGUCCUACCCCUGUGGGGUGGAAGUACGCUCCGCGCCUUUGUAAAAGAAACGGUGUUUCCUGGGGCAAGGAAGGAGCCAGGAUGGCUUGGGCUCUGAAGCUACCUCUGGCUGAUGAAGUGAUUGAAUCCGGGCUGGUGCAGGACUUUGAUGCUAGCCUGUCCGGGAUCGGUCAGGAACUGGGAGCUGGUGCCUAUAGCAUGAGUGAUGUCCUCGCAUUGCCCAUUUUUAAGCAAGAAGAGUCAAAUUUGCCUCCUGAUAAUGAGAAUGAAAUUCUACCUUUUCAAUAUGUGCUUUGUGCUGCCACCUCUCCAGCAGUGAAGCUUCAUGAUGAAACUCUGACCUAUCUCAACCAAGGACAGUCUUAUGAAAUUCGAAUGCUAGACAAUAGGAAACUUGGAGCUCCAGAAAUUAAUGGCAAGUUGGUGAAGAGUAUAUUCCGUGUAGUGUUCCAUGACAGAAGGCUACAAUACACUGAACAUCAGCAGUUGGAAGGAUGGCGCUGGAACCGACCUGGAGAUAGAAUUCUUGAUAUAGAUAUCCCAAUGUCUGUGGGUAUAAUCGAUCCUAGGGCUAAUCCAACACAAUUAAAUACAGUGGAGUUCCUGUGGGACCCUGCAAAGAGGACAUCUGUGUUUAUUCAGGUACACUGUAUUAGCACAGAGUUCACAAUGAGGAAACAUGGAGGAGAAAAGGGGGUGCCAUUCCGAGUACAAAUUGAUACCUUCAAGGAGAAUGAAGGGGAAUAUACUGAGCACUUACACUGCAGUUGCCAGAUCAAAGUCUUCAAGCCCAAAGGUGCAGAUAGAAAGCAAAAAACAGAUAGAGAAAUGGCGAAAAGAACACCUCAUGAAAAGGAGAAAUACCAACCUUCCUAUGAGACAACCAUACUCACAGAGUGUUCUCCUUGGCCUGAGAUCACAUAUGUCAAUAAUUCCCCAUCUGGCUUCAACAGUUCCCAUAGCAGUUUUUCUCUUGGGGAAGGAAAUGGUUCACCAAACCACCAGCCAGAUCCACCCCCUCCAGUCACAGAUAACCUCCUACCAACAACCACACCUCAGGAAGCGCAGUGGUUGCAUCGAAACCGUUCUACAUUCACCAGGCUUUUUACAAACUUCUCAGGGGCAGAUUUACUGAAACUAACUAGAGAUGAUGUGAUCCAAAUCUGUGGCCCUGCAGACGGAAUCAGACUUUUUAAUGCAUUAAAAGGCCGGAUGGUGCGACCAAGGUUAACCAUUUACGUCUGUCAGGAAUCAUUGCAAUUGAGGGAACAGCAGCAGCAACAGCAGCAGCAACCGCAACAGAAGCAUGAGGAUGGAGACUCAAAUGGUACUUUCUUCGUAUACCAUGCUAUCUAUCUAGAAGAACUGACAGCUGUUGAAUUGACAGAAAAAAUUGCUCAGCUUUUCAGCAUUUCUCCUCGCCAGAUCAGCCAGAUUUACAAGCAGGGGCCAACAGGAAUCCAUGUGCUCAUCAGUGAUGAGAUGAUACAGAACUUUCAGGAAGAAGCCUGUUUUAUUCUGGACACAAUGAAAGCAGAAACCAAUGAUAGCUAUCAUAUUAUACUGAAGUAGGAGUGGAGCAUUCCAUGCUUAGUGGCCGCUGCUUCCCUCACCUCUUGAAAACUGCCCUCUUGGCAUGUGAAUGGAGAUUUGAAGGUCUGCAGGAACCUGGCUCAUCUAACUCUGUUGGGGGGAAAUCUAGGCCCUGGAGGCAGAAUCUCAGCCCUCUGUGUUGGCCUAAGCUCUGUGUCACACACAGAUAACUGCCCAACAUGCAGUUCUGCAGCAAUUUUUCAGUUAAAUUUUGGCCCCUGUUGUUGAAUAUCAAUAGGAAUUCCACAUCAUUUAGGGUAUAUGUAGGGCAUAGUGAUGAUGGGAAUUGUGUGAUGUUUAAUGGAAAGAUGUUAAAUUUUGUGA